AUGCAAUAUCCAGCAAAAAAAGUAAAUUUUCCAAUAGACAUGAAUAAUAAGAGACCCACACCACUUAAUAUGUUAAUGCAGCAGAGUAUGGAAGUGCUCACCAAGGUUGUGACCCGUAAACUGCAGGAUUCGGGGAAAAUUCCGUACACGAAUGGACCUCUGCAAGUCUCUUUUGAGGGCAAAGGCAUUUCGCCUGAGAGUUUUGGCGGCAAUGAAUGUGAUAUUCAAAAUUUGGCUAUAGACAACCUUUCUCUAGACGGUGAUUCUGAUAGGGAAGUGAUAGAUGUGGAAAAUGAGAGUAAUUAUCAUAUAUUUCCUUCAGAUUCUAAGAAAAGUAAAGCAGGAACAACAGUAGAAGAGAAUGAUCUUGAUUGUGAGAUAGAUGAUUCAGAGCUACAUUUGGAUGAAGACGAGGGAGAUAUAAUAUUUGAUUAUGGAACGCAGGAAAUAACGGGGUCACCUACGGAGAUAGGAGAGCAUAUUACACAGAUGCUGGAAUCUGCACUACCCAACGGUUUUGAACAUGACGGGCAGGGUCGAUUACAUGGAGUGGUGAAUGGUGACGAAUUGACAAUAACUGAACAAGAGUUUGCGGAGGCUAUGAAUAGUUUACAGAAAAUUCAAACAAUGAAGCAUCGUAAUCGAAUGAGUACGAGUCGAAGUAGUAUCGAGCCCGUUUCCGAGAGUGAGUCGCUUGAAGGGAAAACGGAAGAGUCACGUAGUAACACACAGCCAGAAGGAGAAAACGUUGUAGAAAACGAAAAGAUCUCAGCCACACACUCACAUAGCAAUAACCCGGGACAUUCUCACAGACCGAACCACAGUCACAAUCAUAAUCAAAAUAAUAAUCAUAAUCACAAUCAUAAUCAUAAUCAUAACCAUCAUCACAAUCGUGACGUUUCCGAGAGAACCAUGGGAUCUACAAAAAACAGAAGAAGGCAUGAUUACGACUAUCCACCAACCUCCACGAGACGCGCUCCUGAUUUCGGGUCAUUACUGAGCGAAAAGACCUCUUUGUGCUUGUUUUGUGAGUACUACAUGGUAUUCGGUGAGCCACCUCGGAACAUGAUCAAAUGGUACAAUAGAACAUAUGAAUACGAUUCGCUGCCGAGAAAGCACGAACCGCAGCACAAUCAUCAGCACAAACGCAAGCGUUGA